AUGUCUACAAAUAAGACCCCCGACAUUACCCUCUACUUCCUUAAUGCCUCCCGUGCCAUCCGAAUCGCCUUCCUAAUGGAGGCGCUAAACGUCCCGUACAAGCUCGUCACAGCGAACCGAUCACCCAAUGGCCUGGCCCCGCCAGACUUCAAGGCACAAAUCCGCGCCGCGGGCCAGGCGCUGGGGAAAUCGCCGACGAUCACGGACGGCAGCCUGGUCGUGACCGAGAGUGGCAGCAUCUCCGAGUAUCUGCUGGAGACGUACGAUACCGGCCACAAGCUGCUGCCACAAGAAUCGUCCGCGCGCGCCAAGGUCAAGGAAUGGCUGUACGCAGCCGAGGGGACGUUCAUGCUGCACGCGAUGGCGAUCCUGUACGCACGUUGGCAGCUGCCUGAUACUGAGGAGGUCCGGGAUGGGAUUCUGCCUGGAGUGGAGGAGAAGCUGGCUGUUAAUGUGCGCAAUGACUUUGAUUGGCUGGACAGCGAGCUCGCGGCUCAAAAAGAUAGAGGUUCUGGGUGGUUGGUCGGAGAGGGCUUGACUGCUGCUGAUAUUGUAAUGCAGUUUAGUAUACAAUUUAUCAUGGAGAGGAAGCUCGAGGAGCAUGAGGCAUAUCGGAGGGCUGUGCAGAAGACUGGGUACUCGCUGGAUGGGGAGUUUAGGAAGUGA